AUGACGAGGAAGGACAAGGGGAAGGUCGUCGUCGAAUUGAAGGAGUCGCUGGAGACAAGGUACGAGGAUGAUGGACCUGAGGAUGAUGAAGAUGAGGGUGAGGCUGAUGCUGAGGAGCAGCCUCCUGUCGUGACAAGAGGUCCUGAUGGGAGAUUUACGAGUUCCCGACCACCUCGAUCUCCAGCGUCUUGGCUUGUUCAAGGGCCGAUGGACGGUGGGCUCGAGGAUGGGAGCAUUAUUCCUAGUUUCGGGGCCCAUGUUGCUCGGUAUAUUUGGGAUGGGGAAGAUCGACGGUUUUUGCGGUGUCAUACUAGAGCUGGUGUAUGUAGAGACUUGACUGACUGGCUAGAGCGAUUUACGGCUGCCACUACUACGCGGAUACGGCAGACUGGGUUGUCGCACCUGCCUAGCAUUAUGCACGACCACCUUGAUUUUCCGCUGAUUUCUGCUUUUGUUGAGAGAUGGCAGCCAGACACGAUCACAUUCCACCUACCUUUUGGUGAGAUGACCAUCAUGUUGCACGACGUACACCACAUACUUGGUAUUCGGGUUGAUGGGGAUUGGUUGCCGGCUCCCUAG